AUGGUGAGAAGGAAAUGGACGCCGGGUGAUGACGAGGUUCUGAUUAGUGUGUGGCUAAACACAUCAAAGGACGCUGUUGUCGGAAAUGAACAGAAGUUAAGGACCUUCUGGAAACGCGUAGAUGAAUACUUUGCAACAACUCUUCAUGAGAACAUAGAGAAUGUUCAUUGUAAGCAGAGGUGGCACAGAAUCAAAGAUCAGACGAACAAGUUCUGUUCCGCAUUCGCAGUUGCAGAGAGACAAAUAACCAGCGGUCAGAGUGACAAUGAUGUUCUAAAGGUGGCUCAUGAAAUCUUCUACUCUGAACAAGGAUACAAGUUUACCCUCGAGCAUGCGUGGUGUGUCCUGCGAUAUGAACAAAAGUGGAUAAGCCUGAACACCCCUAAGACGGCCGGUUCAAAGAGAAAGAGUGGUGAGGUCAGUUCCCAACCUUCAAGCGCACAUGUCGGUGAGGUCAGUUCCCAAUCUUCAAUGCGUCCUGAAGGUAUCAAGGCUGCGAAAGCAAGCAUGAAUGGUAGUAAAGGAAAGGCUAUUGAGGACUAUAAGAGCAUUUUGAAGCUCAAGAUGGAAGAUUUAGCGAGGAAGGAGAAACUGUCGAAGCUAGCGAUAUUAGACACUCUCCUUGCUAAGAAGGAUCCACUAAGUGAGAGUGAAGAAACAGUCAAGAACAAGCUUUUCUGUCUUGUGUUCUAUGUUCUUGUCAUGGGAUUGGAUUAUAGCUACACGCAGCCGUCUGAUUCGGAGGAUUAUGGUUUAGGGAACUCAGCAGCAGUGGAAACAGCUCCACAUAAAUGA